AGUCCAGACCUGUCGAAGGCGUUGUUGCCAGUUGUUGUUGUGCAGGCAGUGAUUUUGAGCAAAAAUGAGAAGAAUAUCGUUUGGUGGAGUUUAGUGGUGGUUUGACAUGCAUUUAUUUAAGUAAAUGUGUGAUAUGAAGGUGUUUAGAGAGCUCGGAGCGAAGACCUUUGAUAUUAGAGUUCGGUUUGUUGUUGGUAGCAGUAGUCGUUAAGACCGUUAAGACGUUAAGACAGACGUAAUUUUGACGGACGGUUACGGUUGUGUGGCAGCUAGGCUAUCAAUGUACAAUUUUAUCGCAGUUUAACUGUGAUAACUUGAUAAGAAAUAUAGCAAUUAUAUGAACAUAAUAAACGUUUCGAGCAGGUGAAUAAUGCGCACGAGUGUAUAGUAAUGUUUGGUGGUGUCUCAUGCGUGUAAAAGUGCAACAUUUAUGUUAGGAGCUCGAAUUAAAUAAGGAAAACUAGAAAAAUGCCUCUGUUUGGUAAAGAGAAAAAAGCCAAAAAAGAUGGGAAAGAUUCAGAUAAACAACCUUCACUUGAAGACAAAUAUUACUUAAAAGAAUUACUUGGCACGGGCGCAUUUUCCGUUGUCAGGUUAGCCGAAAGUAAGGAAAAGCCAGGUCAGAUGUACGCCGUCAAAAUAAUCGACAAAAAAGCUUUAAAAGGUAAAGAAGAUUCGCUCGAAAAUGAAAUUAAGGUGCUACGAAGAUUAACUCAUCCUAAUAUUGUACAGUUAUUAGAAACGUUCGAAGAUAAAUCGAAAGUUUAUUUGAUAAUGGAAUUAGUAACGGGUGGCGAAUUAUUUGAUCGUAUUGUUGAGAAAGGUUCAUAUACAGAAAAAGACGCGGCUGAUCUCAUACGACAAGUUCUAGAGGCUGUAGACUAUAUGCAUGAACAAGGUGUAGUCCAUCGUGAUUUAAAGCCUGAAAACCUGCUUUAUUAUAGUCCAGACGAAGAUAGCAAAAUAAUGAUUAGUGAUUUCGGUUUAUCAAAAAUGGAAGAUUCUGGGAUCAUGGCUACUGCUUGUGGGACUCCAGGUUACGUCGCUCCAGAAGUCCUUGCACAGAAACCGUACGGCAAAGCGGUUGAUGUCUGGAGCAUAGGCGUCAUAUCCUACAUCCUCCUUUGUGGUUAUCCUCCUUUUUAUGACGAAAACGACGCAAAUUUAUUUGCACAAAUUCUCAAAGGCGAAUUUGAGUUUGAUUCGCCAUAUUGGGAUGAAAUCAGUGAUUCUGCGAAAGACUUUAUUCGGAAAUUGAUGUGUGUUAAUGUCGAGAAGCGUUUUACUUGUCGCCAGGCUUUGGCUCAUCCUUGGAUAUCCGGAAAUGCAGCCAGUAAUAAGAACAUUCAUGGUACUGUAUCUGAACAACUUAAAAAGAAUUUUGCAAAAUCGCGUUGGAAGCAAGCAUAUCAUGCCACGACGGUGAUUCGACAAAUGCAACGAAUGGCGCUAAGUAGUGGUGGUAGUGGGGGACGUAGUCCGAUACCUCAACGUAGUAUCUCCACUGGUGAACCAUGUGGGAGCCUAAAUGGUGCCCAAGAUAAGUAAUCAAAUUCUGUAACUAUCGUUCAUUUAUUUCUGCUAUAUAUUCAUUUUGAAUUGGGAUUGAAACAUGUUCUUAAAAUUUCUUAUUUUUAUGGAAGUUGAAGAAUUAGUUAUUUAGUUAUAAGCUAUUAUGGUCAGAAGGCCAGCUCACUUAAGAGAAGACUUCCAAAACAAAAUAAUUAUGUGAUGUAUGUAUCAUGCAAACGUAACAGUGUGUAAAAAUUAUCCAACAAUCUAAUGGCAUAUCUGUUAUUUUGCUUUGCAGAUCUAAAGUUUGUUGUGUAUAUUUUUUUAUUUUUUUACUUGUUUUUUUUUUUUAUAUGAAUUUUUUGUUAUGAAAGCUCUCUUUAUUUUUCAAAUAUACUUAUUUUUGAUUUAGGUUUAGUUACUUAUUUACUAUUUGUUUUAUGCACAAAAUUUUAUUUUAUUUCUGGUUUUUGAUAGUUAACGGUAUUAUGAUUAUAUUCUAAAAAAAGUUCCGUAAUUACUUAGUGUAUAAUAUAAGAUUAUAAAUCAUACAAAAUAAAUGUUGAAUAUCAAUAAUAAUGUAUGAAUAAUAAUAAUAAUAUUAAUAGAAAGCAAAUGUUAUUGCUAUGUGACACAUAAAUCUUGCAUAUUACGUUUUUGUUUGUAACUAUAGCGCGGAAUUGUAGAUUUUCAUCAUGACAUUACAGAACUGUUCAGAACUGAAAAAGAAUAAUUUAUUUUGUUAUGUUGUUAUUGUUCCAAGCAAUAUUAAAUGUUAGAAAUGUUAGUAGUAUUAAAACUAAGAAGAGAAAUACACUACCUUCUAAAACACAUAUGCUUGCUUAAGAUAUAAAUGUAUUAUUCUGUCUGAGGUUUAUUAGAUUUUUUUGUUUUAUUUUUGUAUAUGUUAUUACUAAUUGACAAGUAUAUCAUGUUCAACAUUAUUUAUCAAUAAAUUGGUCGUCAGAAACUUAAUUUAACCACUUAACAAAAAGUAUUUUUUGAUGAUUAUUAUACAAACAGUGGCCUACAUGAAAGCCUAUUGAUCGGCCAUUUUGAAAUGAUAUUAUAUCCGUCCUUUGGAUUAUGUUGAAAUGUGAUUUUGUAAAAUUGGCCUUGAAUAUUGAACAUGAUAUACAUAAAUGUAGUUAUUUUUUUCUAAACUCACAACAUGUGAUAUGUACUAUAUUUCGUAUCUAUUUUAUUUAUUUCCUUAUAAGAUGUACAUUGUAUAAACGAACUAAGUAGAGUUUCAGUGUAUAUUUUUAGGAAUUUGUUGUUUUUGCACUGCAUAUAUAAACGCCUGUGUAGCAUAAAAUAGAUAUUUAGUUUUAUAUUUUUACUAAAUGUACAAACUGCUACAACUGGUUUAUCAGGUGUAUGUAUAUUUCUUAAAACAUUCUAUGUAAUUUUUUAGUUCAACAAUACUGUGAUGUUAUACAGUAAGACAUUUAUUAUACACUUAUCUUCCUAAAUCAUAGGAGUGAGUUUUUAUUAUCCUCAUAAAGUAAUUGAAUUUUUGUGAGUAAUUGAAGACACUACUACGUUAUUUGAUUGAAAGCAUAUAAUUUAUGACGGGAAAUAAAAACUUACAGGUAGUGAGCAAUUAUAGGAUAAUUUCAUGGAACAUUUCUUCACAUUCCAAUUAUCGUUUACUUAAUAUGCAUUUAUUUAAAAGAAAUAACUACAUUCAGUUUGGAUAAAAAAAAACAAAAAAAAAAACA